CUCCUUUUCACCUCCACUCUGACACCCUCGUAUCUGACUCCAGCUAAUUACGCCAUGGAAUCCGAAAGGCCAAAGCAUCACACCAUAAGAUCAAGAAUGCCGGAAUCUCAGACCAUGAACGCAAGCCGUCGAUCAUUUACCAAACUAACUUCCUGCUAUCCUUCAUUCUUGGUCCCCCAUCUGAGUGAUGAAAGUCGGGAGUUCCUCACAUGCGUCUUUAUGGGCAUAUUAUUGUUACUUAUGUUUCUUUGGGGCCUGACAAAGAUAUUUGCUCCCCUCAUUAAUGAACCCAACUGUGUUCUUUACAACCAGAAUGAUGGUGGUCAACUCCUAAAAGCUCUAUAUGAGCGGCGAGGCCAUUUCAAGGUUAUAUUCGGAUAAGUCUCGAUUAGUCCGGAACCUGGGACCAACAACAUCCAAGGCCAAGGGCUGAGGAAUUUUAUGCUGCGGCAGCCUUUUGCUUUAUUUUUCCCAUGAUAACUAGAAAUGAUGAAGUGAUAUAUGUCUAUAUCCUUAGGCAUAAGGUCAGGGUCGUCAUAUAUUCAGCCAUUUCUGGUU